UAUUGGGCUUUACUUCCCGGAAACGGGCUUACUGCCAAUGCUGUAAUACCUGGGGCUUGGCUACGGAACCAUAACAACCGCAUUGGCUGUUUCCUUCUUCCAACCGAACUCUAGAGCUCAGCCUAGAGCUCUCCGAUCAAUCGAUUAGCCUAUCAAUGCAGCUUUGUUUCCUGCACUUUACAGGUGAGUGGGCGCAAGAACAGACGCAUUGGUCAUCAGCUUGAUAUCUAUUGGACCUUAAAUACCAGAACGUUACUGUCUUCAAUUUUGAAUAUGAUAGACAUGGCAUGGCUUAGCGCCAUAAUACUUGGGGCAGGAUGUCUUGCUUUGGGUUAUAUUAUUGGUGUGCGCCACUCUUCUCGCACUUCUCUAUCAAACAAAGCAUCUGGUGGCACUGAAACUCUAGUUGAUGGGAAAAAGAAAAAAGGGGUCAAGCCACCUCUUGAAGUUGAAAGACUGGCCGAGAUCCUUGAAGAUUUCAAAAUGGUUUUGGUAGUCAGGAAUGACUUGAAGAUGGGGAAAGGGAAAAUAGCCGCACAAUGCAGUCAUGCAACUUUAGGUCUCUACAAAAAGCUCCAUAAUAGGGCGCCAAAAGCUUUAAACAGAUGGGAGAUGUGUGGACAGGUGAAGGUGGUGGUGAAGAUUGAAAGGGAAGAAGAUAUGUUGCUUUUGCAA